AUGCAGUGCAUGCCGUUGUUUUCAAACAAAUCAAACAAAAAAUCAGCGCACGGUUGCCGUUAGUUACAAACGGUCGCCAAAUUUCCCAAAAUAAAGAUGCCCUGUGCCGUGCCGGAUUGCGAUCCGGAGGGACAGAGCUUUAUGCUCCGUUUCCCGCGGAGCGCCUUCCUCUAUGAUCGGUGGCGUUCGGCCAUCGAACUGGGCUCCGGUUUACCCUUUCCCGAGGACCUGGACCCAUUGGAGGCGGAAAUUUGCCAGCAGCACUUCGACGAGGUCGACGAGUACAGUGAACCGGUAAUUUUCCGGAAUCAAAGCGUCAACGAAGAGAUCCAUUUGUCUAGCUGUCGGUUGUGUCUACGGUUCGAUUUGGCCAGUCGAGUUGUUCCCUGGAGUGAACAACACAUGAUUGGAGAUGUUGCCGUGGAAGAGGUGCUUAAGGAAACAUUCAAGAUCAAGCUGAUUGAUGCGGACUUUCCUGAGGGGAUCUGUGAGGAAUGUCUGGUCCGAUUGGAUAUGGUGGUAGCAUUGAGGAAGCAGCUUUCUCAAAAUGCAAAAUCCUGGCGAAGAAUGACUGUAUUUGUCAACGAGGAGAAUCGUCUAAGGUACAAAAAGAAAAGCAAGACUGACAGGAAAGUUGAGCCUCAAAAACCAAAAUUGAUCGAAAAAGUAGCUAAUGAAAUCAAGGAUUUAUGCACAAAGUCCGAACCUGCAGUGGAUCUGGUCACGAUAUUAGAGGAUGACGAGGAGGAUCAGGAACAACAAGCAGAGCAGGAAAUAGUUGUUGACAAUGAGGUUGAAAUUCAUCAUAAUGAAGAUGUAGAAGAAGCUGUUGUAGAGAUUGAUGUCAAGUUAGUACAAGAUGAAAUGGUUAAAAUAGAACACAAUAUCUCAAAGAUUCCUAUAAAACGUCGACAAAUAGGAAGACCGAAAAACAAAAAACAAGUAGAGGUGAAAGCCAAACAGUCUUUAAAAGGAUUGAUGGAGCGAAAAUGUUACAUGUGUAUAACAUUAUUUAAAACCUCGGAAGAAUUGUUCACGCACAUGAUUGAGCAUAUUGAUCAUCGACUAGAUUGCGUGACUUGCGGCGAAACAUUUCCUAAUUUGACUAAAUAUAAUCGUCACAUUGCGAAACACGACGUAUCUGAACGGCCUUUCAAGUGUGACCGUUGUGAAUUGAGAUUCACCGAUAGUCUGGGAAAACGAAGACACGAGAAGCAAAAACAUAGCAUCGAGCAUCCUAUUUCAACGCUUAGGUAUGACAAGAAGAAAAAAGGUAAAUACACUUGCCAGCAUUGCGGCAAGCAGUGCCUCUCGAUGUCCUUUCUUAGAGAGCACGAAGAUGCACAUGCAGGAAUCAAAAGGCAUGCUUGCCAAAUCUGCGGAAGGUUAUUUGCCAACAAGAACAACCUGGAACGACAUCAUCUCAUUCACACUUCGGAGAAACCUUACAAGUGUAACAUUUGCGGAAAAGCUUUUCGACAAUCUCCCAUGUAUAAGGAUCACAUGCGUCUACAUUCUGGCGAAAAGCCUUACAGUUGCACAGCAUGUGAUCAACGUUUCAGUUCGACGCCGCUGCUAAGAAAGCAUAAAAUAAAAUAUCACAGCGAAAAUUCUUUGCUAAAACCAGCCAGCCAAUGUCAGCCACGUGCAAACAAUGUCUGCCAGUUUUGUGAGGCGUCCUUCACAAGACAUUUGCUCUUGAUCGAUCACAUCGUCGCAAUGCACCCUAGCGAACAUGUCCAGUACCUAACGUGCGAGAUUUGCGAUCAACGCUUCCUAUCAAAAAACAUUCUCGAAGUCCACAUACGAAAUCAUGAAAAAACACAGCAGUGCGAGUUCUGCGACAAAGCCUUCAGCACCACACAGGCUCUCAAAGUUCACCAGGCUAUCCAUGGCGGGGUGCGCAGUCAUACGUGCAAAACGUGCGAUAAAAGUUUCACCCACGUUGCCAAUCUUAAACGGCACGAGCUGCUGCAUCUGGGAAUCAAGCGGCAUGAGUGUGAUUUCUGUGGGAAAAAGUUCGCCCAAUCAAAUCAACUGCACACACACAGGCGCACGCACACAGGCGAGAAACCGUACGCAUGCGAGAAGUGCGGUAAACGUUUCGCCGACAACAGUACCCUGUGCAAACAUAGGAAGGGUGUUUGUAAAAAAGUCGAUGAUAAAGCUGGAAGUUAGGAUUUUUUUUAUGCAGCGUCGUUCAUUGA